CUCGGGUCAGUCUACGACGUGCUGUCUGCGCUCCUGAACCGCACACAUCAACAAGGAGAUAAAACAUUUCUCUCAAUAGCAGUUUGUUUCUAUAAUUACAUCCACUGUUCGCUACUACCUACCAGAAUGAAUGUGGGUGUGGCACACAGUGAGGUGAACCCAAAUACUCGGGUCAUGAACAGUCGAGGGAUCUGGCUGACCUAUGCACUUGGUGUUGGAAUACUUCACAUCGUGCUCCUGAGCAUACCCUUCUUUAGCGUGCCAGUGGUGUGGACUCUAACUAAUGUCAUACACAACUUUGGGAUGUAUGUCUUUAUGCAUGCGGUGAAGGGCACACCUUUUGAGACCCCUGACCAAGGAAAAGCCAGACUUCUUACACAUUGGGAACAGCUUGACUACGGCGUGCAGUUCACCUCAUCUAGAAAGUUUUUCACCAUCUCUCCAAUCAUUCUGUAUGUACUAGAUAUGAUACUUCCUGGCAAGCUUCUACACAAAGUAUGACACAACACACUUCGUCAUAAACACCGCCUCACUUUUGAGUGUCCUGAUCCCCAAGCUGCCACAACUACAUGGAGUGAGACUUUUUGGCAUCAACAAGUAUUAAGUUAUUGUAAAUGCUGUGCCUCAUAGCAACAGAAGUUAAUUCCUGUGUAGUCCCUACCGCCGAUGUGUGUACUAAGUCGUACAGUUUGUGUAAACGUCACAGUUGGUGUUUAGAUAUAUCAGGUUUAAGAUGAAACGUUAAAAAAAAACAAACAGGAGUUGGUUUGUAGAUGACAGGAUGCCAUAUGCAUUACUAACUUAUGUGAAUAUUUAAUAAUGUAUUUUUGGCCUGCAUAGACCUGGGCUGGCCCAGGAAUCAGCGAGGCUUUUGGUUGUGUUUAUUUUUGUCUGUCUUUGCCCUCAAUUCACAUGGCAACACAAAUUGUGAGUAUGAGUCUGUUUCUAACCACAAAGAUGUCCCAAAUGUAUUUUUCCAAGAUGUUUACUUCCUAAAGGUGGGAGCCUGUGGCUCAUUGUUUAUUGGUACACUCUCAUUUUGUAAUGGGUGUCAAACUUAUUCAUGUCGAGUGAAGAAUGGAAUCAUAGUCUGUAUUUGCAUGAUUUCCUUGGUAUGUGAAUCAUUUCUCAUUUGUAACUCAAUCAAAAUAGGGCAGGCUUUUUUCAUUGUACAGUUUUUGGUGAAUGUUUUGUCCUGUAUGUAGAAAUGAGACAAAUUAUUGUUGUCAGGUUAAGUGUUUACUGAGGGAGGUCCACAGUGUCGCUGAGAUAAACUUACAUUCAUGUAGCUGCUCUCUUUAGAUUAUGACUUUUUGCUAUCAUCAAGGCAGCGAGUCCUGCUUUGUUUGGCCAUAGCUCAUAGUACUCUUGAGAUUUCUUGUUCUUAAUCUUAUUAAAAUGUUUGUGCCCUCACUGCAUUGCAUGCUUCACAGUGAUUAUGGGA